AUGGUCUUCAUGGUCUGGUCCAUCGUUUCCCGUUUUCCAGAAUCAGCGGGAGACGGGAGAAAGGAAAAAGAACAUCAGACACUAAGAAAAUUACGAGAACUCUCAAGCAACGCCACCACCUCUCCAAGAAUCGCAGAUUUCCAGCCUGCUUGGAUCCUCUCAUCUAUCAAUGCAUCAAGUUCAACUAGUGGUCUUUUGAAGAGACGUAUUGCAGAGUUGGAGGAGGAAGUGGUCGUGUUGAAGGGCACUCAAGUCAAGCAUUGUGUCCGGAGUGCCAAGGAUGAGCAGGCUGAAAAGAUUGAACUAUCUAGGUCCCCUCCUAACAGUAACUCUGGGAAGCGAUUGGCAGCGAAGAGGGAGGAGCAGGAGGGAGAUCAUACAGUAUAA